UACCUCAUUAAAGCACUCCGCCGAUGGCGUCAUCUCGCUUGCCGUGGGAGAGAUCGUCUCUCGUUUUUAGCGGUGUUUGCGGAAGUUAACUGAAAGUGAUGAAAAUGGAACCGCAGCCUAAGGUUUCCCAGAAUGGGGACAAUGGAUCUCCCCAAUUGAAGAAAGUGAUUGACCCAGUAGCAGGAUUAUCAAAGGAUGGCAUCACUAUGACGCCACCUAUCAAUCACUCGCCCAUCCCCCGACAGGACUCGCUCCCACUGUCACCACAGCAACCCAUGUCUCCAGACCCAGUCCAUGAUCUGCCAGAGGAACUACUCCUGGCUGGAUGGAGAAAGUUUUGGAGCAAACGAGAACAACGGCCAUAUUUUUUCAACAAAAACACUAAUGAAUCUCUAUGGGAUCAGCCCCCACCCAUUGGUGGUCAACAGCCAGAUUUGUUGACUGACCCCCUGGGUAUAGGAUCCGGACCACCUCAGAUUUCAGGGGACGUCCGACUGAGUCGGCCAAGUAUAGAAAUACCACCAGCACAAGUAGGGGAGAAGCGACGGUCUAGUGCAGAGAUGGGACCACUCAGUCCAACAAAGAGACCUGCAUUUGCUUAUAGCCCUUUCUGGAAUUUUGAUGUACCAAGUAAUGUUGUUAUAUUUGAGCGUGCUCCUCCUGUGCUUCCUCCUCCACAUCCCGACAUGGAGAUUCUCCGAGCACAGAUGGUUGCCCGACUCCGGACACACUACCAGGAGCUGUGCCAAGCCAGAGAAGGAAUACAUGCCCCUACAGAGUCCUUCAAUAGGUGGCUGCUGGAGAGAAAGGUCAUGGAUAAGGGUUCAGACCCCUUCCUACCAUCGGUGUGCUCUCCUGAGAUAUCACAAUCUAUGUACAGAGAAAUUAUGAAUGACAUACCUGUGAAACUGAUCAAGCCCAAGUACUCUGGGGAUGCCAAGAAACAGCUCUUCAAAUAUGCUGAGUCAGCAAAGAAAAUGAUUGAAACCAGGAGUGCUUCCUCUGAGAGUCGCAAGAUUGUCAAAUGGAAUGUAGAGGAUACAUUCACAUGGUUAAGAAAACAACAGAAUGCAAGCUAUGAGGACUUCCUGGAACGACUUGCUCAUCUCAAACGGCAGUGUCAACCUCACCUCACAGAAACAGCUAAGGGAUCGGUGGAGGGCAUCUGUAGUAAGAUCUUCAACAUGUCAGUCGACACAGUCAAAACUCUGCAUGAAAAACACUGGCAGAUAUUGAAAGAAAGCAACAUCAAUCAGGUUCCACCAUUUCCAGAACCAACACACAAGCGUAAGGUAGUUUGUUACCCAAUACAGAUGGUGAUUCCAUGUCCGCGACUGCCACAGGUCGAAAUGCAGACAGAAAAUGAGGUUCACAGCCUUAAGUUCAAAACAGAAACUCUAAGAAUCAACAGCUCACAUUUUCAUAAACUGGAACAGCUCUAUAGACUUAAUUGUAGGGAUGAUCCCAGGUUUGACCAUUUUCUUGCCCGAGUAUGGUGCUUGCUACGGCGGUAUCAGACAUUGUUUGGGAUUCAUGCCAAUGAAGGAUUUGGUUUACAAGGAGCCCUUCCUGUCCCUGUGUUUGAGUGUUUGAAUCGUGUGUUUGGUGUUUCAUUUGAGUGUUUUGCAUCCCCAUUGAACUGCUACUUCAGGCAGUACUGUUCAGCGUUUGAAGAUACAGAUUCUUACUUUGGUUCUCGUGGAUCAAUUUUGAAAUUCCAUCCAGUGUCUGGGUCUUUUGAAGCCAAUCCACCAUUUUGUGAGGAACUCAUGGAAGCAAUGGUGGACCAUUUUGAGGGUUUGCUAGGCGAUACCCAGGAACCUUUGUCAUUUAUUGUGUUCAUACCGGAGUGGAGAGACCCUCCGACUGAGGCCCUCAUGCGCCUCGAGUCCAGCAGAUUUAAAAGAAAACAGGUGAUAUUUCCACCGUAUGAGCAUGAAUAUAGAAGUGGUUUUCAGCAUAUUUGUCCAAAGAUGGACAUGAGUUCCAAGUCAUUACAUGGUACAAUGGUGGUGUUCCUCCAGAACAAUGCUGGCUUUGCCAGGUGGGGACCAACCCCAGAACGAGUCAAGGAAUUGUUGUUAUCAUCCAAGCCUCGUGAUACUGUAUAACACAAGUGUUCACAGAUCUAAGAGCGAAGAUUGACACAGACAUUGUUCCACAGACAGUUAAUGCUGGAAUGUGUGCUAAUAUUCGUAUCUUUGUAUCUGCAGCUGCAGUUCAUCAGCUUCAUGUUCGGUGUCCAGUUAGAUUUCAUGUAUGUAGUCGGUUAUCCUCUUUAUUUAGAUUUCCUCUCUCUUGGUAGUACUGGUAUUGACUUGAAUCUACUGUACAGUAAAAUCUCCUGUAUCUGAUGGGGAAAAAAAUAUUGUGUUGCUAUAGGUAUGUAUUGGACGUGUGUUGGAAUGUAACGUAACAUUCCUCAUUGCAAAGUAAUCAAUAGAAUGUGUAGGAGUAAAUUUAAUGUGCAAUUCAGGGCAUCCAGUUGACCCUUGAUUUUAAGCCAUUUCAGAAAUCAAAUUACUUUUUCAGAAAUCUGAAGGGUCAAAACAUCUGUCAAAUAGAUAAGUCCCUUCAAACCAAAGAGUUGGAUAUGAUUUUGGAGAGUCAAAAACAUACUCUGAAGGGUCUACUGGAUGCCCUGCAAUUUCAGAAUGUACUUUGGUAUUACAUCCUGACUAUUUAUGCAAUAUGCCGCCUAGAUUUUGAAAGGUAGCAUACCUCCUUAAGGUGAAGUGCACCAUCAAAUUAAGAUAUGUUCUACUGCAGAAGUGUACCACAUUGAUCACACUUGGCUAUGCAUUUUACAUUAUCUCAUUUGACUGAAUUUCUGGAAGAAUUGAACUUUACAUUACCAGUGGUAAACUUUUGGGCUUUUUAUCUAAAGGAAAACACAGUGGCAGGGGAAGUAACUCCAAACCGGAAAGCUCCUUUUUGUUGUGCUAUCUUGUUAUCUAAGGGAGAAUACUGUGGAUGAUUAAAGGUGAAAAACUCCACUCAAAUGUGGAACUCUUCCUCCGCACAAUCAAGUACUAAUAAAGGAGAUACCCUUUAAAUACACAUUUGAAACUAUCCAAAUUGUUACUACCCAAUUGAACUUGUCAAACACUUCCAGAAUUACACUUCCAGAUUUAUGAAAUAGAAAGUCGUUCUCCUUCCAUUAUACACAAUCAAGGUAUCUGUAUUGCAAAUAUUGAUCUUACUGUCACUGUGGAACAGAAGUUGUUUGAACAAGACAUUAAUCUAAGUGUUAUCUUGUGAAGCUUCUUUAUUGUAAGAGGUACAGACUGUAUAUGUAUUAUGUUAUUUAUUCCUGUAUAACUUUGUGUGGUAUGUAUUGUUUAUUUACUUGGAAUUAGACACCCUGGAGUUGUAAAUCUCCAUCAGUCUCACCGGUGUGAUAUAAUAUGUCAUGUGUUUCCUUUGGACAACCUUGCCUGAUCAACAUCAGAUAGACAAGUCUACAUGAAGUUUUGUAUCAAAGAGAAUUGAUCUGACAAUGUACAAAGUUCUCACCUGCUUUAUCCAUCUAUAUGUUGGAGUGAUCUCCUUUUUGUCAUUAAAAACACAUGCGUUUUCACCAUAUAAAAAGUCUAAACAUAUCAUUAAGGUGAUGAAGAGUAAGCCUACGAGGGGGAUAAUAAUCCACUUGCUUUGUAUCUAUUGACAGAGGCCGGGGAAAGUAGACUAUCACCAUUCAUCAGUAUGAUCAACAGCUUGUUAAAAAAAGAAAGGCUUCUCUCUUGUUACAAAUCCAACUUCCAGUACUGCUGUUUGUUAAUGUUAGAUUUACUGUAGAAUUAGGUCUGUGUGGUGGUCGUAGUAAAUUGUUGUCUGGCGGUAUUCCUGGCUUGUCUGGCAGUAUCCUUGGCUUGUCUGACAUAAUCCUUGGCUUGGCUUGUCUGACAUAAUCCUUGACUUGGCUUGUCUGACAUAAUCCUUGGCUUGGCUUGUCUGGCAGUAUCCUUGGCUUGGCUUGUCUGACAUAAUCCUUGGCUUGGCUUGUCUGGCAGUAUCCUUGGCUUGGCUUGUCUGACAUAAUCCUUGGCUUGGCUUGUCUGGCAGUUUCCUUGGCUUGGCUUGUCUGACAUAAUCCUUGGCUUGGCUUGUCUGACAUAAUCCUUGGCUUGGCUUGUCUGACAUAAUCCUUGGCUUGGCUUGUCUGACAUAAUCCUUGGCUUGGCUUGUCUGGCAUAAUCCUUGGCUUGGCUUGUCUGGCAGUAUCCUUGGCUUGGCUUGUCUGGCAGUAUCCUUGGCUUGGCUUGUCUGGCAGUAUCCUUGGCUUGGCUUGUCUGACAGUAUCCUUGGCUUGGCUUGUCUGACAUAAUCCUUGGCUUGGCUUGUCUGACAUAAUCCUUGGCUUGGCUUGUCUGACAUAAUCCUUGGCUUGGCUUGUCUGACAUAAUCCUUGGCUUGGCUUGUCUGACAUAAUCCUUGGCUUGGCUUGUCUGACAUAAUCCUUGGCUUGGCUUGUCUGACAUAAUCCUUGGCUUGGCUUGUCUGGCAGUAUCCUUGGCUUGGCUUGUCUGACAUAAUCCUUGGCUUGGCUUGUCUGACAUAAUCCUUGGCUUGGCUUGUCUGGCAGUAUCCUUGGCUUGGCUUGUCUGGCAGUAUCCUUGGCUUGGCUUGUCUGACAUAAUCCUUGGCUUGGCUUGUCUGACAUAAUCCUUGGCUUGGCUUGUCUGGCAGUAUCCUUGGCUUGGCUUGUCUGACAUAAUCCUUGGCUUGGCUUGUCUGACAUAAUCCUUGGAUUGGCUUGUCUGGCAGUAUCCUUGGCUUGGCUUGUCUGGCAGUAUCCUUGGCUUGGCUUGUCUGACAUAAUCCUUGGCUUGGCUUGUCUGGCAGUAUCCUUGGCUUGGCUUGUCUGGCAGUAUCCUUGGCUUGGCUUGUCUGGCAGUAUCCUUGGCUUGGCUUGUCUGGCAUAAUCCUUGGCUUGGCUUGUCUGACAUAAUCCUUGGCUUGGCUUGUCUGACAUAAUCCUUGGAUUGGCUUGUCUGGCAGUAUCCUUGGCUUGGCUUGUCUGACACAAUCCUUGGCUUGGCUUGUCUGGCAUAAUCCUUGGCUUGGCUUGUCUGGCAGUAUCCUUUACUACUGGUAGUAUUAGGUGUGUGUGGUGGUUGUAAUAAAUUUUUGUCUGACAGUAUCCUUGGCUUGUCUGAAAGUAUCCUGACUACUGGUAGAAUUUGGCCUGUGUUAUAGUCAAUAGUAAAUAGUUGUCUGACAGUAUCUUUGGCUUUUCUGACAGUAUACAUGGCUACUUGUAGAACCUGGCCUGUAUGAUAGUUGCAGUAAAUUGUUGUAUGACAGUAUCCUUGGUUUGUCUGUCCGUAUCCUUCUCUUGUUUGACAGUAUCCUUGACUACUGGUAGAAUGUCUGUGUGAUAGUUGUAGUAAAUUGUUUUUUGACAGUAUCCUUAGCUUAUCUGACAGUAUCAUUGACUACUGGUAGGAUUUUUGUGUGAUAGUUAUAGUAAAUUGUUGCUUGACAGUACUUGACUACUGAUUUUCUGUAGAGUUGGGCCUGUAUGAUUGUGGUAAUGAAUUGUUUUGGUUGUUUCUAGUACUGUUGGUGAAAAAAAAUAUUUUCAAUUUUUCAUUGUUAAAUAAUGUUGAAGUUAGAUGAUCAGAACUGCUUUAAUGUUUGAUUCAGUUCUUCUAAUAGAUUAGUUUUCUGCCUAGUUGUGUCGCCUGUGAAGAAUGGGGGACACUUAGCUGUCACUUUGUCCAUUGUGACACUUCAGUUUUCCAGACUUUUUCUUUACUGUUCUUUACAAUUUGUAACUGAGUAUGUGGCUUUGUCAUAAUGAAUUACAGUUUGGGUUUGAACCCUGUGUCAAUAUUCCAUUUUCUGUUUGAGUGAUAGCCCUUUUCACAGUUUUAGGGUACUACUGGAUCAUAAUGAUGAAUUGCUGGCAUGAUGUCAUUGCUUUGUGUUUUGUGACAUAGAAUUGUUGUGAAUGGGGAAUCCCCAUCUUAACCAUAGGAUGUUUUUUGGCGAACGAAUUACAUAUUUUUAGAGUGGAAUUUUGUGUUUAUUGAUGAGUGUGUGAGAAAAUGAUCAAAGAUGGGCCAGUUGUGUGGAUGGAUAUCUCAACCCUUGUGUAAUGGUUUGGCUGGCCAGCUCUCUGCAAGCCUUGUGCUGAACAGCCAAACUCUUCAACUCGGGUUGAAGUAUCCCUGUCCAUGAAACAGACCCAUGUAAGAUUAUGUUUAUCCUACACACCUGUUGGUGAUUGGUUGUGUUUUGUAUGGAUACACAGAGUCGUUCAGUUCAUUCUUAGUACUGAUACCACCUGAAGGAAGCCAUAGGGAAACUCAAAUUUCAUUAAUCAAGGCUGUCAUGUUUGGUUACAUUGUUUGGUUACUUCUUGGUUUCUACUCUAUAUAGACAUUUUCUAAAAGAAAUGUAGACAUUCUGUUUUUUAUACUGGUCAUUUACCUUAAUAUACAGGGUUCAGAGCUUUCCUGGAAGGUUUAAGCUGUUCAUGUCGUUUUGAGUAAUAUAUCAAACUUUAUUGGAAGUUCCGUGGAACAUUUUCCACUUCAUCAUUGAUAUGUGUGUGCUAAUAUUCACAGUGUUGAAAAUUGACAGCUUUUAAACCUGAAACUAACACUGUAUGAUGUUUUUGUGCAAUAUAGACUUUAUUAUUUCUCAUCCAAAAGCUAAUUAUGAUAUUUCUAUGAUUUUUAUGUCUGUACAGUAUUUAAGAUAUCCCCAUUACAGUGGAUGCACUACACGGUUCGUUUGGGCUAUGAGCUGAUGUUAACCAACAUUCAUGAUGAAACUUUUCCUAAAGUAUUGAUAACUACCACUAUAUAUCAACAGAAAAGACAGCACAUCCUAUAGUUGAUAUUUGAAUUUAUUUAUAAGGUUUUGAAGGUAAACAUUUGUUUGCCAAUUGACUGUUCUCUUAGAAGAGAUAGAGAACAGAAAAUGCAUGUGACUAAUAUUCCAAGUUGACUUAAGUGCCUAUUUCUAGCAUACUAGGAUCACCAAUGUCGUUCUGGUGACCGUCUUGUCAUGUCCUAGUACUUCAGUGUAUAUCUUCUUUUUUCAAUGUCCAAACCUAAAAACCUGAAAAUGAUGACAUCGAUAAUGAUCAUUGAUCACAUUUAAAUCACUCCUGUCUGUACUAACUUUAUCAGUAUAUAUCACUGUAAACCACUCCUGUCUGUACUAACUUUAUCAGUAAAUAUCACUGUAAACAACUCCUGUCUGUAAUAACUUUAUCCGUGAAUAUCACUGUAAACAACUCCUGUCUGUACUAACUUUAUCAGUGAAUAUCACUAAACAACUCCUGUCUGUACUAACUUUAUCAGUGAAUAUCACUGUAAACAACUCCUGUCUGUAAUAACUUUAUCCGUGAAUAUCACUGUAAACAACUCCUGUCUGUAAUAACUUUAUCAGUGAAUAUCACUGUAAACAACUCCUGUCUGUACUAACUUUAUCAGUGAAUAUCACUGUAAACAACUCCUGUCUGUACUAACUUUAUCCGUGAAUAUCACUGUAAACCACUCCUGUCUGUACUAACUUUAUCAGUGAAUAUCACUGUAAACAACUCCUGUCUGUACUAACUUUAUCAGUGAAUAUCACUGUAAACAACUCCUGUCUGUACUAACUUUAUCAGUGAAUAUCACUGUAAACAACUCCUGUCUGUACUAACUUUAUCAGUGAAUAUCACUGUAAACAACUCCUGUCUGUACUAACUUUAUCAGUGAAUAUCACUGUAAACCACUCCUGUCUGUACCAUCUUCAUCCUUGAAUAUCACUAUCUUACAACUGUUGCUUUCUGAUAUCCUAUUAAAAUUUAAUACUUUAUUUUGAUUUAAAUUGUUUCAAUACACCAAAUUAACUUACAGAUAUGUGAGAAGUAAACAAAAGUUAUAAACCCCUAUUGCUACUUCUCUGAAAUUUAAUGUAUUAAAGUUAUUUUUAUAUUCUUCCAAGAUAAGUGCAUAUUGCCUAUGGCUUAGAAUGAAAGUGCUGCUUGAUAUGUAUAGAUAUAGAGCACAGAAUUUUGUAUUAACCCUGCCCUUGUGUUAAGGUUUUUAGUUCACCUGGCUCAAAGGGCCAAGUGAGCUUGUGCUGUGGUGUGCCAUCCGUCUGUCUGGUGUCAACUUUUCCAUUUAUACAACUUUUUCUCACUUACCAAGUCUCAGAGUCAUGAUAUUAAUCUGAUGGGUUCCUUGGAUGAGACCUGACAAAGUUUGCGGAAAGAAAUUAUCUUGACCCAUAUUCAAGGUCAUAGGUGUCAAAUUCCUUAAAAACUUUAAACACUUCUUCUUGCUAAUCAAAACCCCAAGAAUCAUAUUUAGCUAAAAGGUUCCAUAGUUAAGGCUCCACAAAGUUUGUGAAAAAAAUAACCUUGACACAUAUUCAAGGUCACAGGGAACAUUAACAAUUUCUUCAUGUUAACCAAAAGGCUAAUAAUCAUGAUAUUUGGUUGUUAGUUCCCUAUGAUGGAGACCCCACAAAUUUUGCGAAAAGAAUUGGCUUUGAACCAUAUUUUAGGUCAAAUUGUUCAAAUACAUAAAGACAUUUUUCUGACCUCUUGUUCCACACAAAUUGUGGCUGAGUGAAAAUUAAUAAUUCUUUGAUCACAUGAAAGGCCUAGAAUGAAGCUCUUCUGAUUAAAUGAAAGACUUGGAAUCAUCAAAUAAGUGAAUACUAGGUGACUGAUGCAGACCCAUUGGGCCUCUUGUUAUUAGUUAUCUUGUUAAGUAGAACAAUAGACAGCAUGUUUUUGUUAUUUUUUACACUGUUAAAUUUUAACCAAUAUACAGUCUAUGUAAAUUUCAUUUUUUUUUCUACAUUUAAAAAAAAGAAUCAUUUGUAUAUAUUUUGUUGUUUGGGUUUCCUAAAUCUUAAAUUUAGGUAGAUAUACAAGUCAGAUUUUUGGGGUGAAACAAUUUUUUGUACA